AUGGUGGCUAUUAACAAGUUGGCAUUGGCUGCGGUCUUCAUGGGCUUGACACAAGCCGAGGUAGCCUUUCAUAUUAACCGUAAAAAGGAAUUCGCUGUUCAAGCUUGUACUGCUCUUGUGGGUAAAACAGCUACCUACUUCCUUCCAACUGAUAAAGUUGGUUACUGUAACGUCAAUAACCAACCAGCCUUGGGUACCUAUGCUUACUGUAUCGAACAAAUUCCUUACAAGGAUGCAAGAAAGAACUUUUUAGAUUCUUGUGCACCUUUCCACUUAACCGAAGAACAGUACUUGGACGCAUACCACAAUGCCUCCAACUACUUGACCAACACAACUGCUGAUCCUAGCUUCAAUAUAUCAAAGGUCUACAACAAGCCUGCUAUUUUGAGUAAGAAGAAGAUCAUUGGAGCCUGGGAUUCUGAAGUUGGUAGAUGGUACAAUUAUAACUAUGCUGCUUGGUUCGGUAUUGCCUUAAUCUGUUACUGGUACUUCGUUAUGUUGGUUGCUGGUCUCUGUAACUUGACGUACUUCAUCGCUCCUAAUUUUGUCAAGUCAUUGACUGGGGGUAUUUCUAACACCUUCAGAAAGACCAUUUCUUUGCCAGCAACAUUUGGUAAGACUCACGCUCACCAUAAGCAAUUUUUGCGUUACAUUCUUAUUUUAAUUCCAACUAGAUUGGAAUCAAUCUUGGUUUUUGUCUGGAUAAGUUUGGCAAUCAUCUUAUCAGCUAUUCUCUUCCAUCACGAUAGUCCCAACGUCAUUUGGCCACAGGGUCCUCUGACAGAAAUUGGAAGAAAGGUUGCCGAUAGAUCUGGAUUGAUUGUCGGUUGGCUCUCUCCAUCCUUGAUCUUGUUUGCUGGUAGAAACAAUUUCAUGCAAUGGUUAUCGGGCUGGACAUAUUCCAGAUUUAUCUUGGUUCACAAGUGGAUGUCUAGAAUUGCAUUUCUCUUGUGUGUCGUUCACGGUGUUGGUAUGACCUUUAAUGGUAAAGGUCUUGGUAAGUACGAUACACGUAACGCUCAAAUCUAUGUUCGUACUGGUUACGUGGCUCUUAUAGCUGCUUCUAUCAUGGUCUUCCAGUCCCUUUUGGUAUUCAGAAGAACAAACUACGAAUUGUUCUUACUUGUUCACAUUGCCAUGGCCCUCUUGUUCAUUGCAGGAGCAUGGCAUCACACUGCAAAUGAUGGUUACCACCAAUGGUACAUCGCCUCUGCCGCUGUUUGGGCUUUUGAUCGUGUUGUAAGAAUUGGAAGAUUGUUUUCUUUUGGUGUUCGUUCUGCACAAGUUGAGUUGAUUGCCAACGAAACCUUGAAGGUCAGUGUCUCUAGACCAGCUUACUGGAAGCCUUUCCCAGGUUGUCACGCCUUCAUUCAUUUCCUUAAGCCAACCAUGUUCUGGCAAUCUCAUCCAUUCACCAUUGUUGAUUCUGCUAUUGAUACCAAUACCAUCACUUUUUACUUAAAGGUUAAGGGAGGUAUUACCCAUGGUUUAUACCAGUACUUGUCCAAGCAACCAGACAACAAAGCCACCAUCAAGGUUUCUGUUGAGGGACCAUAUGGUGCCCCAAUUUCUAUUAAGAAGUACGAAAAUUCGGUUUUCAUUGCCGGUGGUAAUGGUGUUCCAGGUCUCUAUUAUGAAGCAACUGAUAUUGCCAAGAAGAACGAAAAGACAAACAUUAAGUUCUAUUGGGUUAUUCGUCACUACAGAAGUGUUGAAUGGUUCUAUGCCGAAUUAUGCAAGCUUAAGCAAAUGGGCAUUGAAACAAUUAUUUAUGUCACACAGCCUCAUGUUGGAUUGACCAACCCAAUUGUUUCUAAGAAUAUCGACUCUAGUGAAGAUGAAGAAGAGCAGCAAGAAAAGGGUGCUGGAUCGGAAUCUGAUGACUACAUCUCAGUCUUGAAGAAGGACUUGUCGCACAUCGAAUUCAGAGAAGGAAGACCAGACGUCUACAACAUUGUUGACGAAAGCAUAAAGGAAGCUAACGGCCCAAUUGCAUUUGCUACUUGUGCCCAUGCUACUAUGGUUGACGAUGCCAGAAAGUCUGUCAGAGAUAACCUUCAAGCCACUAAGUACAGAGUUGAGUUGUUUGAACAAAUUCAAAUGUGGUAA